AUGCUUCUGUUCAAGUCUCUUCCUGAUGGCAAGACCUUGGUUUCUAAAAAUGGGAUCGUUGAUUUGGGUUUCUUCAGCCCAGUAAGUUCCACAGACCGCUAUGUUGGAAUCUGGUACCACAAAAUCCCAAGUAGAAAUGUUGUUUGGGUUGCAAACCGUGAUAAACCCAUCAAAAAAAACUUUGGCAUGUUGAGCAUAAACACUGAGGCACAUCUUGUGCUUCUCAGCCAUAAAAGGACUGUUGUUUGGUCAGCAAAUUCCACCACAAAGGCAUUGAGUCCAUUUGUACAGCUUUUAGGCUCUGGAAACUUGGUUCUAAGAGAUGGAAAAGAUCAAAAUCCCCAAAAUUACUUGUGGCAAAGCUUCGACUAUCCUUCUGAUACUCAGUUGUUAGGAAUGAAGAUCGGAUGGGACCUGAGAGCUGGUCUUAAUCGACGUUAUACAGCAUGGAAGAAUUGGGAUGACCCUUCUCUUGGAGACUUCACAGUAGAGUAUGCACUACACAAUUAUCCUGAUAUAGUAGUUCGACAAGGUCCAACAAUGUAUCUAAGGGUUGGCCUUUGGAAUGGCGUCUGGUUCAGUGGCAUCUCUCAUGCAAUGAAAAAUCCACUACAUGAACCAAAGUUUGUCUGGAAUAAAGAUGAUGUUUAUAUAACACAUGAUGUCAAAAAUGAGUCAUUGGUUACAAGAAUUGUCUUCAACCAAACAUUGUACUCCGUAUUAGACAUAAUUUGGAUUGAAGAAGAUCAAAGGUGGACGACAUUUAGCUUUGCUCCAAGUGAUAAUUGUGAUAGAUAUAACGUUGUGGCCAAAUGGAAACUGUGUAAUGGGUGA